AUGGCACCACCUAAUAUAGUCCGCGCCCCAACGACAGCAAGUCUUCCAAACAACCUACGUAUCCCAUCGACAACACCGUCCCUUAUCAAGAACCUAAGCAGGCUAUCUCGACAAGCCCUACUGGAGCUAGCAUUAACAUGGCUUAAUGACGACCGAGGCACUAUACUAUUUCCACCAUAUCUUCAACGCGAAGGCGAGGGCGAUGACGAGGAAAUCGUUCCAUACCCCGCCGCAGAAACUGUGGAAGAAGUCCGCGAAGAGUACGAGGAUCUGCAAGAACGAAAGGGCGGGAAACGAGAGGUUCUAGAGCGCAUCCUCGAAGGUGAUUGGCGACAUGGAAUCACCUUGCGCCAGCUCGCCAUGGCAGAUAUCCGUUAUAUGGACGACCAUCCGACAGGUUUGCGAUGGACAGCACUAGAGCUUCGUCGCAUCGAUACGCGCCAUGACAAAUCUAAACUAGAAGACUGGUCAGCUUCUUUCCCACGCAUACAAGCGGCUACUUUCAUCAAGGCUCUUCAGAAAGAGGUUGCCCCGCUUGUCAAGGCACAUUACCAUAUCGUUCGAUCAUCUUCUCUCCCCAUCACAUUCUUACGCAUUUUUGUCGUCGAUUCACCCUAUAAUUCCCCCCGACAAACACCUGAGAUUUUUGCAGACUCUUCCCGUGUCAUGUAUGUGGCGUUUCCUGACAGUUCGCCCCACGUCUAUACCUCUAUAUCUGCAUCCAUAGGCAAGGCUACUGCGCCAAAAGGCUCUGUCGCAACUGAUCCGCGCAGUCUGCAGCGUAUCGUCCGCGAUGCUAUUCCAAAGGCUCUUUCACGCCCUCAUGAUAGAUAUAGCCUAAAUGCUACAGGGCUGACAGCCAAGCAUCUGCCGACACUCCUCGCUCUUCGUGGGCCUGGCCGUUCAACUGCGGCAAAUGGUGCGUUUAGUAUAUUUGCCGAUGCCGCUCUUGAGGGAAGUCCUUUGGAUCCUCGACUGUCAAAUACUGUCCCUGCGGAGGAGCAUGCUCGUAAAAGUCUCAAUCAUGCUGGCGAGAGUCCAGAGAAUGCAAUCAACCUAGAGGAACCACUAAAUCACAAAUAUUUCAAAGCCAAACGCCUGUUUUCUGAUCAAGAUGCCGGCUCUCUUUCUCCGACAUCUAAGAAGAGGAAACUUGCUGUUUCUUCUCGGUUUGGGUCCUCAAUGACCCCGGCACCACUGGAUCGUCUCGAUAUUCGGUUUUUAGACAAACCUACUGUUAGUGAAGAAGAAGAUGAUGAUGAGAAUGGCUCUGUUGGUUUGUCUUUACCUACGCUUUCUCUUUCGUUCACUGGAUCGGAUGUCAUCAGUGGGAUUCGCAAACUCGCUGAAAUUGGCAUCGUUGAUCCUGAGCGCAUGCCUUCUUGGAUGACGGGUGAAGAUGGAGUUAGUACCGCUGCUGUUCGUGGAGGUCGACGAGUCAAGAAAACGGGUUGA